UUUAGCGAUUGUAGGCGAAUUUCUUACUCUGCGAGUUGCUAUGUUAUCUUUUCGUCAAAAAAUACUUGUAUACUCUGAAAAACUUAAAGAUAACUCUACAAAUGUUCAGAGCGUACCAAUCAGACUAAUUUGAUGAAGAUAAGCAACUUUCAGGAUUUUUAAAACUAUUCCUAAUUAUUACAUAAAUUAAAAAUUAUUUAAUUAUCUUUUUUAGACAAAAAGACUGAGUUAUCGUUAUUGCUGUUGCCUCACAUAUUGAUUCUACCACCGCAACGAGGCCUAAAAGCUCCUAGAGACGGGAGGGAUGUAGUGUCUAAUCUAAUGUUUGUGGAUAUGAACGAGGAACAGAUAAGUGUCCCUGAAGCAGUUGCUUCUCUACAAAAAAACGUAUGGGCAGGUAUAGACAACCUCCCACCAAUACUUUUUCGUCUUGAUAAGAUUUAUUACAUCAAGUUGGAUGAUCGGCUCAUCGAACUUCGUGAUGCAGCUUGUUUUUGUGAUGCGGUGGAGUUUUUGUUGAAGUGUUUUUAUGUAUUUAAUUUAACUUAUCCACACGAAAUAAAGCCAGUUUAUGGUCUGCUUGAGCAUCUCAUGCACAUGAAUGUUUCGAUCGGAAAAAGUGCCGCUUUAUCAGACUUCUUGGGAGCAAUGACUUAAAAGUUGCACAAAAGAACUAAAAACAAUUACUUUUUUAAUUUUAGUAGAAAAAAACUUUAUUAAA